UAAAAUUAAGCUUCAAGUAGCUGAACCCACCAGAGAGGAGCUUUUAUCAUUAGCCGAAUGAUAACUAUGCUCUUUUAUUGCUUCGAUACCUAUCCGUUGUUAUUUCUUAUCAGAAGUGCUCAAAAAUUACACAAAUUCAGUUUUAUCUGGCCACAUCCGCGCUCAUUGAUAGUGUAUUUGUAAAGCUAACACAGACAACACGCAUUAGCUUGAGCAUUAUUUUCUUGCUAGAGUGAAAAAUGAGCAGUGAUCGAUAGCGAGUUAGCGCGAAAGCACGUAAAAUGGAGGAAACGAUCAUCGUGCAGACAACCCUUGGGCCUGUGAAGGGGAUAAAGAAGACUUCUGCCCUUGGUAGUGAUUAUUUCAGCUUCCAAUCAAUUCCAUACGCUAAACCACCUGUGGGCGAUUUACGAUUCCGGGAUCCCCAGCCGGCUACACCAUGGAAUGAAGUUCACGAUGCAACAAAAGAGGGUCCGUGCUGUCCCGCCAAGAACAAUCUGUUGAAUGUGAUCCACGGCGAAGAAGACUGCCUCCAUAUCAACGUCUUCACGAAGAGUCUAAACCCAAAUAAAUUAGUACCGGUGAUGAUCUACAUUCAUGGAGGUGCAUUUAUGAGGGGAUCAAGUACAGCUGAUAUGUAUGGACCUGACUUUCUUCUGCAGAAGGAUGUAAUCCUCUUUACUUUUAAUUAUCGUCUUGGUGCUUUCGGUUUUCUGAGUCUGGACGAUCGAUCACUCGAAAUUCCCGGAAAUGCCGGACUAAAGGAUCAAUGCAUGGCCAUCAAGUGGUGCAAGGAUAAUGCAGCAUUCUUCGGGGGAGACCCAGAAAAUGUAACAUUGUUUGGUGAAAGUGCUGGUGGAUGUUCUGUCCACUAUCACAUGAUUUCCAGCAAGUCACGUGGACUUUUUCAUCGAGCUGUCGUGAUGUCUGGAACUGCCCUCAAUUGCUGGUCAGUCGUACCUGAGCAUAAUUGGGCCCAUAGACUUGCAAUAGCUCUCGGAUGGGAUGGGAAGGGUAGUAAGAAAGAUAUGGUGGAGUUUCUCAGAAGCGCAGAACCGAAAAACAUCGUCAAAGCUCAGGAAACUCUCAUUAAUCCCGAAGAGCGUAAAAAUAAAAUUUUAUUCCCCUUUGGACCCGUGAUUGAGCCAUACAUUGGAAAUGGAUGCUUCAUCCCGAGAGAUCCCCUUGAGAUGGCACGAGAAGCAUGGAGUAACUCAAUUCCCAUCCUUAUUGGGGGUGUCUCUGAUGAAGGAUUAUUCAGCUACCGUGAGGCUAUAGAAUUUCCCGAUGUUGUGAACAAUCUAAAGUGCGAGAAUAUGGUACCAUUGGACUUAAAUCUGGAUCAGUCUGGAGAAGAAAAUCGCAAAUUUGCACAACUUAUCAAGAAAUUCUAUUUUGGUGAUAAAGAACCAUCUAUGGAGACUCUCAAUGAGUACAUAAUGCUGAUGACUGAUAAACUCUUUUGGCAUGGAGUCCAGAGAACCCUUCUAUCUCGUCUUAAUGCCCCUCAAAGUGGACCAACCUACCUCUACCGCUUCAACUUUGACUCGCCAACAUUUAAUCACUAUCGUGUCAUUAUGUGCGGAAAAACUGUCCGUGGUGUAUGCCAUGCUGAUGAUCUCUCCUACAUCUUCAAGAAUGUCAUUUCCAAGGAAGUACCCGAAGCUUCAACGGGUGAAUUUAAAACAAUCCAACGAAUGGUGAAUUUGCUUGUCAGCUUCGCCACAAAUAGCGACCCAAACUGUGAAGCAAUUAAGCCCACUAUUUGGCAUCCCAUUGACCAAAACACCACCCCAUUUAAGUGCCUCAACAUUUCGGACGAGGUGACCAUGAUUGAUUUGCCAGAGAGCGAAAGGAUGGCCCUUUGGGAUUCAAUGUACAAGAAAAAUCAACUUUACUGAGGAAAGCUCUGAAAAUUUGAACAAAGAUAAAUAUAAAUAAACGAGGUAAAUUGUC